AUGUUGGAGUCUGACCUACCCUCGGCAGUGGGCGAGGAGAACUUGACGCACUGCCUGGAGCUGCGGGACCUCAAGGGCCGAGUGGGGGAAGGGGCUGGGAAUGGGAAUAAGGGGGAGAGGAAAGGGGGGCAUCAGGGGGAGGAGAUUGUGCACGGGGGUGAGGGAGGGAGUGACGUGGCUGUUAGAGGCAAUGGGAAGAGCCAACGAGCAGACCUCAUCAAGCAAAGGGCAGAUGCUGCUGCUGCCUUCUGA